CUAAUUGUGAUUUGCAGUUUCACUUUGCCUACUUCAUACGCGCAUAUUUGUUAUACAAAAUUUAAUUAAAUAUUCAGAAUUUAGCUUAGCUUGGGAUAUAGCAAGAAUGUCGAAUACGCAAGCGACAGUUACUGCAUAUUUAGCAGCACAAAAGAAGACAACAAACAAGGAUCUCGCUGCCGAAUGGACUCUAAUUGAGGAGCUGUACAAUGAAAAGUUGUGGAACGAGCUAACGAUUAAGCUUGUUACAUUUGUGCGCCAUGAAUCGUUGCAGGACGAGAGUGCUCUUCUGCAGCUGUAUCAAAAUUUCAUCUCCACCUUCGAGACAAAAAUAAAUCCCUAUGGUCUGAUUCAAAUACUUGAAGUUGUUGUGGAUAAUAUCAAUGAUAAAAAGGAGGCAAUUCAAUUUUUGGAAAAAAUGAAGGACAAGGUUAAAAUAUGUGAUGAAGCUGUUUGGUAUCUGCAAGUCAUGCAGGGCAACUUAUAUCUCAGCAAUCUGAAUGAUCUGAAUGCCACCAAGAAAAUCAUAGAAGAAUUGCGCGAUGUCCUUGAGGAAGCAGGCAACGUUACUCCCGUGCAUGGCAAAUACUACAUGCUUGCAUCACAAUAUUACCGUCGUGUGGGCAAGCACAGCGAAUAUUAUCGUUGUGGUCUGCAGUUCUUGGGCUGCUCGCUGGACGACUACCCACGCGAUCAAUGGGCGCAACAAGCUUUCUUUUUGGGACUGGCCGCACUAUUGGGCGAUGGCGUCUAUAACAUUGGCGAGCUGUUGGCGCAUCCCAUUUUAGAAUCACUUAAGAAUACUGAAAACGAGUGGUUGGUUGAGCUGCUAAAGGCAUUUAACACGGGAGAUAUUAACAAAUUCAACGAUAUGAAAAAGAUUUGGUCAAAAAUCCCUGAUCUAGCCGCCCAGGAAGUCAAACUACGCCAAAAGAUUUCGUUGCUCUGCCUCAUGGAAAUGACCUUUAAACGUUCGGCCAUCGAGCGUGCAAUUUCCUUCGCAGACAUCGCUAAAGAAACAAAAUUGCCUCUCAAAGAGGUUGAGUUUUUGAUCAUGAAGGCGCUGGCUCUAGAUCUGGUGCGUGGCGAGAUCGAUCAGGUAGCUGGCGUGGUUAACAUGUCAUGGGUGCAGCCACGUGUUUUGGAUCGCUCACAAAUUGUAGGCAUGGCCAGUACACUGGACACAUGGAUGGGUGCGAUCACAAAUAUGGAAAAACUUAUGGAGAAUCGUGCUGCAGAAAUUCUCACAAAUUGAUAAGUUUCCUUUAAUUCCCAUUUACCUGUAUACUUUUUGUAUUAAACCAACAUGCAUAAUGCAAAACUUAACAA